UCUCUCCAGCUCGACUCAACGAAGAUGGCAACAGUAGCCUUAAAACCCGAGUAAUAAUCACCAUCUAUCGCACUCGAACCCCCAAAGAAUAAUGGAAAAACUCAUCACCACAACCGCGAAAAAUCCCCCCAAAGAGAUUAACUGAAACCCGGUGAUAAAAGCUCUAAAAACCCAUCGAAAUUCCCCGAAAACCCCCGCGUCCCCGAGUGUCUGGUGUCACGUGGUGGCCACCCACGUUUCGGUUUAUUGUGGGUAAACAAACUCGAUAAAUCGUGUACCCAGGAGCUCCAAUCGUCGGUGUGUGUUUUAAAAAAGGCGUGAAUAACUCUGAAAAAAUAAUUUCACCACCACGUCGACAUCAUCUCCUGGCAAAUUCACGUAAUAAUCAAAACCCAAGGGGUUGAAUUGUUGGAUUUGAAGAGUGGGAGUGAGAAAGUACGUGUGACGUUGCGAGAGUGAGUGUGAGAGACCAACGAGAGAGAGAAGACAAACGAGACAACGAGGUAGAGAGGGGUGAAGGAAGUGUUAAGGCAAUAGAGUUUUUCCAUCAUCACAUAUCCGUGUAAUACGUGAAAUAAUAAUCGUCAAAAUCCAGUAACAAGUGGAUGUUGAAGACGUCUCUCACCAGUGAUAAAGAAAAAAAAUAACCUGACGUUCCCAUGAGUUUCACAGAUAAACUCGUCAAGUUGGAAUAAUUUGGGUGGGCCGGCCAUAUUACGUGAAAGAAAUAAGCCAGAGUCGGUAUCUCGUAUAUAUUUUUUUAUCCCCUCCUCCCCCCCUUUGUUUUCCUCGUUUUAUUAUUUUGAUAUUUGUUUCCUCCUUUUUCCCCCAGCUUUUCUCCAACUUAUUUUGCACUCGUGUGCGUCGAACGCGUGCACAUUAAACAUUGACUCCCGGGGCUCGAGGGGCUGGGGGACACGAACAAUUGAUUUGAUGGUAAAAAUAAACAAAACAGAUUCGCAAGUGACUGGAUGAGAGAGAGACUGAGGUGAGGGAGAAGGUUUCAAGAGGGGAAAAAAAAAAGGUUGGGACUUUGUCGCUGGGGGGUUUUUCCUCGUGUUUUGAAGGUGCGAAUUGUUGACGGAUUUUUGGAGUUGUCCAGUGAAUUAUUCGAGAAAUUUCGUCAUGUCGUCAACUUAUUCGAGGACACAGGAGAGCGACGCGUGGGCGCUACUUGCCCUUAAAUCAGCACCAGCUAGUCCAGCUAAAAUGCAGUGGAAUCCUGAGGCCAAGGGUGCACCUAUUGCUAGAUUGGAGGGACGUGAGUUUGAAUAUAUGGUUAGACAGAGGAGAAUAACUAUUGGAAGAAAUAGCAGCAAGGGAGAGGUUGAUGUUAAUAUGGGACUCUCGAGUUUUAUAUCGCGACGACAUUUGGAGGUUUUUUAUGAUCAUCCGUAUUUCUACAUGACUUGUAAUGGCAAGAAUGGUGUUUUUGUCGAUGGGGUUUUUCAACGCAAGGGAGCACCGGCUUUCCAGUUGCCCAAGACAUGUACAUUCAGAUUUCCAAGUACAAACAUACGCCUGGUGUUUCAAUCUCUGGUUGAUGAGCAGGAGCAGACAAACGUGCGUAUGGCAUCACCACCAAAGCAACGUGCACCCCUGCCACCUCUACGCAUCAAUAUUCCAGACACUGGAUACAGCAGUCCAUUCCCAUCGCCAACAGGUACAAUAAGCGCUGCUAAUUCGUGUCCAGCGAGUCCACGUGCUGGUCAGAGUAGACGCAAUAUAUCAGCUGAUUUGCAAAUGGUCGCUGCAUAUGCAGCAGCUGUUGCCAAUGAGCCACAUACUGGGGACAGACAUCAAGAGGCUGGACAGAGUACAAGCAAACAGAUGAGCCCAGAGCCUGGGGCUGAUUCACGCUAUCGUAAUAAUGCUGGACAGGGCUCCAAUGGCACAGCAUCACACUACAGCCCACCCAAGGAUGACUCAAAACCACCGUAUUCAUAUGCUCAAUUAAUCGUACAAGCUAUUGCAUCAGCCCAGGAUAAACAGCUGACACUGUCUGGUAUUUACUCGUACAUCACUAAGAAUUAUCCUUAUUAUCGGACUGCUGACAAGGGUUGGCAGAAUUCUAUACGACACAAUUUGUCGUUGAAUCGGUACUUCAUCAAGGUACCAAGGAGCCAGGAGGAGCCAGGGAAGGGCUCGUUCUGGAGGAUAGAUCCACAGUCUGAGGCUAAACUCAUUGAGCAGGCCUUCAGGAGACGGAGGCAGAGAGGUGUUCCAUGUUUUAGGGCUCCAUUUGGACUCUCCUCCAGGAGCGCCCCGGCUUCACCCUCCCACGUGGGCAUGAGUGGAAUAAUGACCCCUGAGUGUCUGAGCAGAGAAGGCUCCCCAGGGCCAGAAUCGUAUCCUGACAGUUCGGUACCAUCUCCAGCUGGACAAUUAAGUCAGUCUGCACCAGGAUCACCAGGACAUCCUUAUGUUUCUCCAGCACCACCGACCCACAAAGGUCGGCUUGUGCAACAGAUUGGAGUUGUUACUAAUGGCGUUAACAAUGAUACUCCACGAGAAGAAAAAUAUUUGGUGCCUGGAAAUGUAAUAGAAGAGCAGUCGUUAUCACCAGCUGGCCAGUAUAGUCCGGCUCCAGUUAUUGUACAAACAACAUACAACUACAGUGGUACAUUCAUCGGCCCUGACGCAGGCGUUGGGGCAACCAAGCGUGCCCAUGAAGAGCCGGACAGUUCUCCAGGUUCUCCAGCACCUCUGGCAAUCGUGGAGAGUCCAGAGCCUCCAGAGCAUCAGCAAUCACAGCAGAAACGACAGCGCGUUCACGACGCAGACGAUCAUUGAGAAACUCCCACUAGGCUGCACAUUUUCUCAUUAAAAAAAAAAUCGUAGGAUAUUGUUAUGAUUGCAGUUAUGAUUAAAUUCAGCUAAUCGUCAGACGAAUCGUCCGCUCGAUCUCAGAAGCGGUGCGAACGAUGAUCUACGAUUUAAAUAUCGAUUAAUAUUUGAACAAUCGAGUGAUGGACAUUUUUCAGAGUGAAAACUCCUUUUUUUCCUUUUUCUAGAAUUGCUAAUUUUAUUUUUCCCCCUUUUAGGUAGUAAUUAAUGAGAAAAAGUCUUCGAAUGGCCGUGAUUAAGUAACAGUAGGAAUUUAUUAAUGAUAGGUCUUUUUCAUGAUCAAUAGUCGACUGUAGUAAUUUUUUUUCCACUUAUUUUUCCCUAUGGUAAUCAUUUUUUUAUUCACCAAACUGCCAGGUUACAUUUGUUUAAUUGGAAAUUCGGAUUUUUUUAAGUUUAUUUCGCGAGUGGAUGAUCCGUCUGACUUGGAACUCCAAUGAGUUUCUCAAACAUCCCAGGAUUAACCCUUCAGUCCCAUUUGUUCAGAUUAUGACCAAAAGUUAUUACUUCUAAUUAAUGAAAUCACGCGGUACCAUUUAUUAUCGGCUGUUGGAUUGAAAUGGAAGACAAAAAUAAUCAUCACUCAAUCACUCGUGAAAUCGAGUCCUUUUAGUUACGAUUUUUUGAUUCUAGAAUUAAUUUUCUAGGAAUUAUUAUAACAUUUUCGUUGGUAUGAAUUGUGGCAUAUUUCAUUGAUUCAUGAGUUUUUCAAAAAAAAAACGUCCAUUCGUGAAAAUGAGGGAAAAAUAUGAUGUUAAUGUAGGGAAAAUGUACAUCACGUACUUAUAUUGGGAAAUGUAAUUUUUUCGUACUCACCAUUAGCUUUUACCCAAACGGGGGAUUUUACUCACGAGAGGAAAAUAAAGGAAAAAAAACGAAGAGAAAUGGAAUUUCUUUGUGGUGUUCAACAGUUCUUCGAUUCCCCCCAAGCUGUUGCUCCUUAUCAGACAUGAUAUCUGGCAUUUAAAUGUUUUUAGAUGAUACUAGAAUUUUAGCUGGUAAUUAAUGAUCAAUUAACGAUCGAAACACUAGCUCAUCACCCAAUUAGAAACUGCUUGUAAUUGAAAUACAAUGUCAAUCAGCUAAAUACGUUGAUUUCCCAAUAUAAUUACGGCUAAUAGCUUGUCGAAUCUGCUUAUUCCAGAGUAAUCAAUAGAAAUGGUGGAACCCCUCUCGCAUAAAACGAAAGAAAUAAUCAGCAAACUGAAAUUCAUUGAUCUAUCCGGGGAAGUGAGAUGGGAUUGAAAAUAGAAAUUGGAAAAAGUCUGAACGUGAAUAUUUAAAAUUCAUCUCAUUUCACCAUUUUGCCAGCCGCAAGAGAAUAGAAUAUCUUUUUUUUUCUGUUGAUGAUAAGAGAUGAUAAACAAAGAUGAUGCUGUUACGAGCAAUAAAUAAACAAUGACACAAAUCAUAUUUUUUUUUUCCUUCGUCAAGUUGUACAGCCUCCGGAGCAGAACAAAGUGAAUGAGAAAAAAAAUUAAAUAAUCGUUAAAAACAACAAUUCUAAUUUAUAGAUAUGCAUAUGUAUGUGUAUAUAUAAUCUAUAUUUAUACCCGUAUAUACACGUAUAUAUGUGUGUGUGUAUUUGGAUGAGUAUAUGAUGUAUUCGAUUGAAUAAUAACUCUUAGUGUUUAUUAUUGCGAUGAACAAAAUGUUGGGGUGCCCCGAGGUGCCUCAUUUAUCCCCCCCCUAGGUAUCAGAGAUAAUUAUUCCCAUUAUCUCCCCCCCUCCCCCCACAAAUCAAUGGUGGAGCGAGAUAAUCGAUUGCCCAUAGAUUCUUAAAAAUAAUUCAGGAGAGGGCAGUGAAGGAAUCCAAACGAAAAGAAUAAAAUAAAAAAGAAUGUAUUAUAAAAUUUCAAUGUUUCGCAGGCAAAUCGUUAAUUAUGUUUAUGAUUUUGUAGAGAAAUAAGCGGAAUAAUCGGAAGGAGAAUAAAUUAACAAAUUAUAUAUAAGCAAGUGACAUCUAUUUUUGUGACGAUUAGCGUAAAAAGCAUGAGUGUAGAAGAAAGAAAAUAAUUGAAAUGAAGUAGAAAUGUUCGUAUGAUGACCUCGAAGCGAUAAAUAAUUUGGUAUACCGAUAAUUAAUGCAGCGAACAGAAGAAAUGACAAUUGUGUAAAUUGCGUCUAUUAAUCAAUCCAUUUGUUUAUCGAAUCACCGAAUGUUCAUCUCUUUUUUUUUUUUAUUGUAAGAAUUUAUUGGAAAUUUAUUGACGAAUUGGGAAUGUGAGAGCUUUAUAUUUAUCCUUUAGGCCCACAUGACUUGGAAUUUUUGUAGAGUAAAAAAUCUUCGGGGAGGAGAUGGGAUGGAAAGAGAUGGCGAGUGUAUCGUGCACGUACAAUAAUUGAAUCAUUUAUUAUUUUAAUAAAUCACGAGAUUGUGCGAUGAACUUGUGAUUCUGUUCGGCUGCUAACUACAAGACUCUUGGCUGAUACAAAUGUGAAUGCAUAGGAGAAAUAAUUUAUUCUAUGGGAUUAAGACAGUAGAUGCCUCGACUUCUUAUCCCCAGAAUUGUAUAACGGAAUUCAGAUGAUUAGAGAUGAUCUAGGCAUAAAGUGCUUCUUAUGAUUUCAUUUGUCGUUAAUGGAACAACCACGAAUUGUAUUAUUUUUGCUUACGAGUCAUUCACGAAUGAAUAAACAAUGCUUGACAGUUUAACGAUGUAGGGAGAUAAUGAACGGUAAUUGGGGGAGAUUAUUGUUGGAGGAUUGAGUAGGAAUGAAUUAUCAAAUUUAGUUGUGAUGGAUUGGAGGGCGACAUGAUUGAGGAGAAGGAGGAUAUUAUGGGCUUUCGGAUAAAUUUUAAGGAAAUAUAUGGAUUCCAGAUUA